CCCGCCCCCUGGUCAGCCUGCGGUUUGGGUCUGCGUGGGACUGUGACACGUAAGUUGGUCUGUCUCGUUGACUCCAGGACACCACCUGAGGCCAGGACAGCAGACCAAGAUUUUUAAUGAGCCCUAAACCACUCUGCCCCUGCUGCAUUUAACAUUUUGAACCAUGGAAGCGAGAGCCGCGAGUGCAGGUGCUUUCGUGGGCAGCGAUGGAGGGAAAACAACAGCUAAAAAAGCUUCAGCACAUAAGAAAACAAAACAACCCGCACCUCAAAGUAAGCUGGAGCAGCUCUUCGGGUUCAAGAAGGAGGACCUGACCUCCUGGUCCAGCCUGGUGGCCCUCCUGAACCGACCAACGGACCCUGCAUCGUUGGGCAUCUUCCGCUGCUUGUUUGGUUUGCUGAUGGCUGUGGACAUCACGCAGGAGCGUGGCCUCAGUCACGUGGACUACAAAUACCUGGAUGGUGCACCCGUGUGCCGCUUUCCGCUCUUCAAUUUCCUGAAGCCUCUUCCCAUGGACUGGAUGUAUGUGGUCUAUCUGGUGAUGUUCCUCGGUGCGUUGGGCAUCAUGCUGGGCUGUUUGUAUCGUCUGUCCUGUCUAAUGUUCAUCUCCACGUACUGGUACAUCUUCUUCUUGGACAAAACGGCAUGGAAUAAUCACUCCUACCUCUACGGCCUCAUCGGAUUUCAACUCACACUCAUGGACGGCAACAGAUACUGGUCACUUGACGGCUUGAGGAGACCUUCUAUCAGAAACGCUCAUGUGCCGCUUUGGAACUACACCCUUUUGAGGACGCAGAUAUUUAUAGUCUACUUCAUUGCUGGCGUGAAAAAGCUGGAUGCCGAUUGGAUGGAGGGAUACUCCAUGUCGUACCUGGCGCACCAUUGGCUGUUUGAUCCCUUUAAGGUGAUUCUUCCCGUGGAGUUUGUGAGUUUGGUUGUGGUACACGGGGGCGGGCUCAUUCUGGAUUUGAGCGCAGGAUACCUGCUGUUUUUUGACGCCACGCGGCCUUAUGCGAUGGUUUUCGUGACCUACUUUCACUGCAUGAACUCUCAGCUCUUCAGCAUUGGUAUGUUCGCGUACGCAAUGAUGGCGACAUCUCCGCUCUUCUGCUACGCCGACUGGCCGAGGAGGUUCUUCAGCCGCUUCCCGGCGUUCCUCAGGGGCCUCCUCCCCUUCACUUCAGCGGACCCCCAGUCCAGCUCCUCCUGCGUUUACCACGCGGGCUCCGGCAAAGGACGCCAGCCAGCCGCAUCUAAAUCUCCUAAACUGCGAUUUAAACAUAAAAUGGCGGCUGUUUUUACUUUGGCCUACAUACUGGAGCAGUUUUUCCUGCCUUACUCCCACUUCAUCACUCAGGGUUACAACAACUGGACCAACGGCUUGUACGGGUACUCGUGGGACAUGAUGGUUCACUCCCGUAGCCACCAGCAUGUCAAGAUCACAUACAAGGAUGGCCAAACGGGAGAAGUGGGAUACCUCAACCCAGGGGUGUUCACUCAGAGCCGUCGUUGGAAGGACCACGGCGACAUGCUAAAGCAGUACGCCACAUGUCUCAGUGACCUCCUGCCACGCUACAACAUCUCUGAGCCCCAAAUCUACUUUGACAUCUGGGUGUCCAUUAAUGAACGCUUCCAGCAAAGGAUCUUCGACCCGCGCGUGGACAUCGUCAGGGCCGACUGGUCGCCGUUCCGACCCAACGGGUGGGUGAUGCCGCUGCUGGUGGACCUCUCGCCGUGGAGAACCAAGUUCCAGGAGAUUGAGAGCACUCUGGACAACCAGACCGAGAUCGUCUUCAUUGCCGACUUCCCAGGUCUCCACUUGGAGAACUUUGUGAGUGAAGAUCUGGGCAACACCAGCAUACAUUUGUUGCAGGGUAGCCUUAAUGUGGAGAUAGUUGAGGAGAAGAAGAACUAUUCUCUGCAGGCUGGAGAGAAGAUACAGGUUCCUGCCGGGGCUUACCACAGAGCGUACACGGUGUCCGAGGGGCCAUCUUGCUACAUGUACGUCUACGUCAACACAACAGAAGCGGCGCUGCAGCAGAACUUCACCAGAUUGCUGGACCUCCAGGAGCGCAUUCGCAAUGGGACAGAAACCGAACCUCUUCCGCCGGAGUUGCAGCCGCUCAUGUCGACCGACGACGAAGACGGCGCCGAAGUCGAUGCCAUCGACCCCGUCGUGAGGCUCUUUCUUAAGAGGCAGCGGCGCAUUAAAGAAGUGAAGAAACGCAGGGAGGCCGGCGUGCUGGAACGACUCGAGCGCUUUACCAUCAAGAAGUACUACGCCAUACGACGAGGAUUCUUGAUGACCGCCAUCGCGGUGCGAAACCUGGCGGUGGGUCUGCCUCCGAUGGAGCAGCUAACGCAGGAAGUGGCAUUUGCCAACAUGAAGGAACCCGAGGCAGAAAAAACCCAGGACGAUCGGCUUAAAGAUGAAGUUGGUCACGGAGAACUUUGAAGACGUUACUGCUGGAUCUGGACUGUGUUUGUCAGUACUACUGGACUGUUAUGACGGGAAACAGACACACAUCCAGAUUGACAUUUUUGUAAGUUAUUUGUCAUUUCAAAUGACUUUGAAACUAGCACAAGUCAGUAUUUUUGCCCAACAUCUAAUCUAAAAUAAAUUUUUGGCUGAAAUGUGUUUUUACACAAAAACGA